GCAGGCAGAGAGAGAGUGAGAGUGAGAGAGGCGAUUUUUGAAUUACAGAGAAGGGUUUUAGGGAAACGCGGAGAGAGAAAGAAUGAGCCACUGGUUGGGUUUUUCAUUAACUCCUCAUCACCUGAGAGCUGUGAACGAUCACGAUCACGAUCACGAAGGCCAGUUUGCCGGAGAAGACGAUCCUCAUCUCUCCUCCGACAUGCCUUUGCGCUCCGAUGGCUCGCUCUGCCUCGUUGAUUCUUUCAGGCCUCCUUUCCUUGCCCAUGAGUGGAACAAAUACGAGAAUAUGGCAAUGGAGAAGCCUAAUCCCAAGUUCGAAGAUUUCCUGGGCUGCGAUGGAUCCAAGCUUUACUGCGAUUCCCAGCAAGGCAGAAUUAACGUGAACGCGCCGCCUAAUUUCUACAGCCCCAAUGGCGAGAUAGAGGAGAUCCAGCCCUACGAUUUCGGUGAAAACCCACAAGCCAUUAUGGCUGCCAAUCAGUUACAGAGCUGCGAUCCAAACUCCGGCGAUGGGGACGCCAUGUUCCAUGUGCCGUUCGACGGUGCAACUUCGGCAGCCGGCUUCAAGUCUUGGCUGCGAGGAGCUCCAUUUGCCGGCGAGAAGUCUUCGGCCUUAUCGCUCGCCAUGACCCCCAGCUCGCAGCCGGCGGCUUCGCCUUCUCCGGCGGCCGAUGGCCGGAAGCGGCUGGCCAUGAAGUCGGCUGGCAGAGAACCUGUGCCUCGGAAAUCAAUCGAUACAUUUGGGCAAAGAACUUCUCAGUAUCGAGGUGUAACAAGGCAUCGCUGGACAGGAAGAUACGAAGCCCAUUUAUGGGACAACAGUUGCAGAAAAGAGGGACAAACGAGGAAAGGAAGGCAAGUUUACUUAGGUGGCUAUGAUAAGGAAGAGAAGGCAGCACGAGCCUAUGAUUUGGCCGCUUUGAAGUACUGGGGUCCAACCACCCAUACAAACUUCCCUCUAAGCGCCUACGAGAAGGAGCUCGAGGAAAUGAAGAACAUGACCAGGCAAGAGUUCGUCGCCAUGUUAAGAAGGAAAAGCAGUGGGUUUUCAAGAGGGGCAUCUGUUUACAGAGGAGUGACGAGGCAUCACCAGCAUGGGAGGUGGCAAGCUCGAAUAGGAAGGGUUGCAGGCAACAAGGACUUGUACCUUGGCACAUUCAGCACGCAAGAGGAAGCUGCGGAAGCAUACGACAUUGCGGCAAUCAAAUUCCGGGGCACCGGCGCCGUGACCAAUUUCGACAUCAGCCGGUACGACGUGAAGAGGAUCUGCUCCAGCUCCACCCUCAUCGGCGGCGACCUCGCCAAGCGCUCGUCCAAGGACUCAUCGGCUCCGGCUUCAGUGGAGGACUGCAAUUCUUGCGCCUCGUCAGCUUCGCCUCAGCUUCUUCUGGCCGUGCCGUCGUCGGAUGAUCACCACCACCUUGUGGCUGACAUGGUCUGGAGCGGGAGCUCCGACGAGCAUGAUCCACCGCCGGAGAAUUCGUCCAGCCCGAAACACUCGGCGGCGGGUUUGGAGAGCGACGAGGCUUUCUUUGCCCUGCAAGCCGGUUGCCAAGUAUGGAGAUGAAAUUAAGCAGUGGAAGAGAAGCGUCAAUCUUGGUUUCGUUUUGCAUUCACUCUCUCUCUCUCUCUCUCUCUCUCUCUCUCUCUUGUGUUAAACAGUUGUUUUUCCAUUCCAUUCCAUUCAUGUUCUUCAUGCAAAAAGCUUCAAUUUGAUGACACCAAUCAUGUCUGGCAGCAAUUGUCAGUGAGUGCAGUCUCGAGUUCGAGUUUUGUGAGUCCAAACACUAUACAAGUCUUGGUAGUCUUUUGUUGCUUGUAGUAGAAUUUAAUGGAUUUAUAAUGCUAAUAACCCUCCUUCAAUUGCUUAAUGCUUUUAGUAAUUGUUUGAGUUUGAGAAAAAAAAAAAAAAUUGCAUACCUACCUAGCUAGACUAAGAGUGUUCCUUAGAUUCAAAUUGAAUCAAGAUUGAGAUUCUUAAAAU